AUGCAUGCUAUUUUUCAGCGUACUAAAAAAUUAAUAAAACCCGAAAAUACUCAAUGUAAUCUUGCUCAACAAAAUCCAGCUGCAUUUUUUGAAGAAAUUAAAACUCGUUUAUUAGCAUAUCAAACCGAAGUUCAUAAUCAAAUAAAAUAUCGAAUGAACGACGAUGAUUCAUUAGCUGUUCUUGAUUUACAAAUAGCAAAAACAAUUGAUGAUGCUGAUAAUUGUUUAUAUGAAGGCUCAAUAACUAAUUUUACAAGAUAUGAUUCAGGUGUUGGAACAGAUUCAUCAGAAAAAAAUUAUGAAACAAUUUAUACAAAAAAACGAUAUCCAUUAAUUGAUGUUAUAUGGUAUCCAUCACUCGAUAGUAACAAUGCUCUUUUAUCAACAAUUCCUCAUAUUCAUAAUGAAUUAACAUUUAAAGAAUUUCGACAAUUAUUUAAAAAACAAACAACAUAUAGAUAUUUCUUUAAAACAAUAUGUACACCUGAUAUUAAUAAAGAGCAGUAUGUAUUUCGAGAAUUAACAAUGGAUGAUGAAUUAGUACCAUUUUAUGAUGGAAAAAUUUUUGUACAAUUAGAUCGAAUCUAUUGA